UUUGGAAAAGAACCUGUCCAUCUCGUUGCAACUGAAAUCCUUAUUGCUAUCGACAACUGCAGUAACUCACUUCAGAAUCACACACACACAUACACACCUACACACACCUACACACACCUACACACAGAUACACAACAACCAACAGACUGACGUCGGCGAUGAGAACUUCUGCACACGUCUCGACCUGCGUGUUUCUCACCUGCUUUCUGACGAAGGCAAAUGGAAACGCUGAGGAUGUGAAUGUAACGUGUCAGUACUCUGAGGACUGCCUCCUUCCCUGUAGCUUCACCCCUUCGGGCGAAGACGAGGUCCGCUGGUUCAAGCAGGAUGUCCAGAUUUAUCCUCAGACACCAAACAUGGAGAACUACAGGGCGUCUGUUUCGGUUCCUGAGCUGUCGCUCGGCAACGCGUCGAUCCUCCUGCGUCGAUGCAACCUGAACGACAGGGGGCGCUACAGGUGUCAAGUGACAAAGAAGGAAAGAACAGAUUACUCCUUUGUCACACUUAGAGUAGAAGCCCCUAUCCGCUUCGUGGAUAUUCAGAUGACUCGUCUGAGCGGUUAUGAGGAGGUGAUGUGCUCCACAAGCGAUGUUUACCCCCAUCCUUACAUCUCCUGGUCCACCGAUUCAGCCACGCCCAGCGAGACACUCAAAUACACCACAAGAAUAAAGUCCGACAACAAGGGGCUGUACAGUGUGGAGAGCAAACUGAAGAAGCUUGUUAACCAAAACAGCCUCACCUACGUCUGUACCAUCAACUCGUCCUCUGCUGAUCAGAUGUGGACCGCAUCACUGUCUGAGAGAGUCCACAACAACGUCACGAUCACAUCCAAGCUCGAAACGGUCUCCACCUGGAGCCAAAUAAACUCCUCCGAAGGUCAGAACCUCACCAUCCCCUGCAGAAGCCCCUGGAACCUGGGAAACUUUACAUUAACCUGGUCCUUCAGAAGAGCAGACAUGUCCAGCAAAAUCAGCACCUACGACAGCAGGACGCAGCGGAUCUCCAACCACUGGAACGGCACGGCUUUGCUCGAACCCCGGUUCUUACAGGCAGGAGACGGAUCCUUGAGACUGCUCGGUGCCCAGAGCCUGGAACACACGGGAGAGUUCACCUGUAACAUCUCAGCGCUCCAGAGGAACUGCGUGGGACACACCAGGGUCACCAUUACUGCACCCGGUCCUGAAAAUAAAGAUCUGAAGACAAAAAGCCACACACCGUUGUGGAUUCCUGUCACCGUCGUUCUCGCCACCAUCCUCAUCACUGUAGCUGUUAUAGUAGCAAUAACGAAAUUACAAAACAAGUUCAGACAAACCGCAGGCGCAGGAACGGCCCGAUAUUCCCGGGAGGUCAAAGUUUCUGUAAACAAGAGCGAAGAAAUAACAGAAGGGAGCCAUUUAAAUCCUGAUCCAACCAAAGAGGGGAACACGUGAGGAGACCCACAAGGUUGCAUUUUUUUUACAUUUACAUUCAUAGCAUUCAGCAGAUGCUCUUAUCCAGAGUGACUUAUUUAUACAGUUGAGCAGUUAUGGAGAUAGGGGCCUUACUCAGGGACCCAGGACUGGGAUUUAAACUCAUGACCUUCGAUGCCUUACCCGCUACGCUCCAACCUCCAUCUUCUGCAAUUGCACAAACACCUUGAGGAACCGAGAGCAGAACCUGAGCUGCAUGUGGAUCAUCUCAACAACAACAGGGAUUUUUACUUUAAUACAUUCUGUGAAAAAAAGUGUUUUAUUUGACAUCUUAUUGUAUAAACAAAACCGUUUAUGAUUAAACAUCUACAGUUUUA